UAGGUGCGUGUCAUACUGGCCGCCGUGUGUGGCAGCGCUGCGUGUCAUCCUCCUUUCCUGUUGAUGGUCGCCCAGGCAGGUCGCCAGCAUGGAUCAAAGUGAGCGAGCCUUCCAGAAGCAGCCUCUUGUUUUCCUGAACCGCAAGAAGGUUCUGGGAAAGAGGCCACGUGGCCUAAGGCACACUCGGCAGGUGGGGCUUGGCUUCAAGGCCCCCCGCGAGGCUGUUGAAGGCACAUAUAUUGACAAGAAGUGCCCCUUUACUGGAAAUGUAUCAAUUCGAGGUCGUAUCUUGACUGGUGUGGUUCAGAAGAUGAAGAUGCAGCGCACCAUCACCAUCCGUAGGGACUAUCUCCAUUACGUGAAGAAGUAUAACAGAUUUGAAAAAAGGCAUAGGAACAUGUCUGUUCAUCUCUCUCCAUGCUUUAGGGAUGUGAGGCCUGGCGAUAUUGUGACUGUUGGGGAAUGCCGCCCCCUGUCAAAGACUGUUCGAUUCAAUGUGUUGAAGAUCAGCAAGGCUCCUGGCACUAAAAAACAAUUCCAGAAGUUCUGAAUAUAUAUCUUGUAAGACAA